UGUUGCUUAAAGCUUGUCCUCAUCUCUUCUCCCUCUUUCUCCCUCCAUUGUUGAAGAGGAAUUGCUUCACAAAAGAGAGAAAAUAUAAUUCUUCUUAUGUCACACACACACACACAUUAAAUAAAAUUAAGUUCUACUUCAAUUCAUUUUUCAAGAAGGUUUUUCAAGAAGUGGGGUUAUAGUUAUACUAUUAAAAAAAAUCAUGUUUUGUUACUAUACCUAAAUGUGAUCAUGGAAGGAGGUGAUGAUCAUUUCCACCUCCACCACGACCACGACCACCACCACAGCCGCCUCAAUUUCCCGUUCCAAUUACUCGAAAAGAAGGAAGAUGAAUCGACUAGCUCCCCCUACCCCUCCCUCGCCAUCUCGGUCUCGGCCCCCUCAAACCCUAAUUACAACUGCUCCGCCUCUGCCUCUUCGCUCCAGAUCAUCACGGCCGCCUCCGAGGCUGCCAAGAAGCCUCCACCUAAGCGCACCUCCACGAAGGACCGCCACACGAAGGUGGACGGCCGUGGCCGCCGCAUCCGGAUGCCGGCCCUAUGCGCGGCUAGGGUUUUCCAGCUGACGCGGGAGCUCGGCCACAAAUCGGACGGAGAGACCAUCGAGUGGCUCCUCCAGCAGGCCGAGCCGUCCGUGAUCGCGGCCACGGGCACCGGCACCAUCCCGGCCAACUUCACCUCGCUAAACAUCUCCCUCCGCAGCUCCGGCUCCAGCAUGUCGGUGCCGUCCCAGCUCAGGUCCACCUACUUCAACCCUACCUACGCCAUGUCGCCGUCGCCGUCGCCGCUACACCACCGCCGCGGAAGCCUCUUCCCCGGCGAUCCCUCCCCCUCCUCCGCCGCGAUCCUCAAUUUUCCGGCGGCCGGCGGAGUCCUGAACCCUAGCUUUAUGAUGCCGGCGAAGCAGGAAGCGCGGGAAAAUUCGAUUGAUUUGGGGGAAAUGGAAGACGGUGGCGGCAUGGGGCGGAAACGGAGGGCGGAGCAGGAGCAGGAUUACCUGCUGCAGUCGAGCAACGCCUCCGCCAUGGCGGCGGCGGCGGCGAGCCAAGCCGCCGCGCCGGCGAAUUUCUGGAUGGUGGCGAAUUCGAGCAACAUGGCCGGAUUCGAUCCGAUUUGGACGUUUCCGAGCGCCAACAGCAGCAGCGCCGCCGCAGCCGCCGCGUUGUAUCGAGGCAGCGCUUCGAGCGGCUUGCAUUUCAUGAACUUUCCCGGGCCAAUCACGCUGCUACCGAGCCAGCAAUUGAGCGGAGGGGAGGGGCAAUUGGGUGUGCUGGGCGGAUUGAGUCAUUAUCGGGGCGGAGGAAUGUCGGAUCCUCAGGCGAGUGGGUCCCACGGCGGCGGCGACGACAGUAGCCACCACUCGUGAGGUGGAGAUAUGUAAAACACAUGCACGUGAGACGUGAGGCAAGGAUACCGCCAUCCAAGAGGUCAUGAGUUCGAAUCCUGGAUGGCGCAACUUGGGAUUAAUUUCUCCUGUGGGCCUUUGGGCUUGGCAAGCUUGCAGACCCGACCCGCUUGAUGGUGAGAAUUUACGGUCCCGACCCCGGCUGCCCCGGACCCGUCGAACGGGGGGCUAGAGAACGAGCCUGAGGAGGUUCUUGCUCACAGGCUGGUGCGUGGCUGCAUGUGUCAGGGCUAGUCUUCGAGCCAUGAGGGGCUGUGUGUCAGGGUUAGCUCGCUUGCCGAAUGUAUCACGAACUCCGAUAUGUGUGUGGGUGUGUACCUGUGUGUGUGUGUGUUAAAAAAAAGCUAGUAGGAGUAUAUAGUAAAUUUUCUAAUAUUUCCCACAUUGCAUAGUCUUGGAUUUAUUUUCAGUAGUAGUACUUUAAUUGCUAAUAGCCUAAUAGUGUGCUAUGGAAAAUGAAAGUGUGACAUAACAACACAUGUUUGCAUAGCAUGGGAAACCAAUCUCUAUGUGAUUAAAUCUUAGUGUCCUUUUAUAUUU